CGAGGUGUAGCGAGGUCGACUGAAAAUUUGAUUUGGUCUCGUUCGACGCGCCAGCAAGAUGGAACCAAGAUUUGCAGAACAAGAUGGAAAUGCUAUGCCUUUCGUCCGAGCCUGGAAGAAAUUUAAGGACAGGGUGGACUGGCUGUUGAGCGUAUUCACGUACCAUGAGUUCUGUAGCUUCGAGAAAUUCACCGAAGCCAUGUACAGACCCACCGAUCCGGCUAGUCUUGGCGUUUGUCGAGCGUUAUUUGGUCUCUGCAUGGUAAUAGACGUAGUAGAAGAGCGUGGUCUUGGCCACGUGGACGUCAAAUGGGGAGAUCCAGAUACCUGCUACUUUCCACUUAUUCAUGGAUUGCGGCCACUCGCUCUGCCGUGGAUGGUACUUGUCUACGCGCUCAUGUGGCUCGGAGCUUUCGGCAUUAUGCUUGGCUACCGUUUCAAGAUUGCCUGCGGCCUCUUCGUACUUCCUUACUAUUACCUGUUUCUUCUCGAUAAGAGCUACUGGAACAAUCACAGUUUCUUGUAUGGGAUCGUUACGCUGCUACUCUGGGUUGGCGGUGCUAAUAGAUAUUGUGCGUUGGAUGCCAAACGCGAAAAGGACAAGACUGUGCCUUACUGGAACUAUUUCAUCGUAAAAUUUCAAUUUUUCGCUUUGUACUUCAUAGCAGGAUUGAAAAAGUCGAGUAGUGAAUGGCUCACUGGCUACGCCAUGGCAAACUUGUCCGAUCAUUGGCUUUUCAAUCCUUUCAAAAUCUUUUUAACAACGGCGCAAACGGAUUUCCUAAUUGUCCAUUGGUUUGGCUUCAUCUUCGAUCUGAGCGUAGGUUUUUUCAUGCUAUACGACAUCACGCGAAUUCCAGCAAUGGUCUUCUGUACGGCGUUUCACUUGAUGAACUCGCGGCUUUUCAGUAUCGGGAUGUUUCCGUACGUGUGUCUGGCAACGAUGCCGCUCUUUUGUCACGUCGACUGGCCCCGGAAAUUCAUCCGUGAUUCGUCGAACAAUGGUGGCGAAAAAGAAGAAGAAGCCAGCCCAGGCGGUUGCCGAAAAAAGAAGAAAAUCUCGAGAAAGCAGAAAUGCGUGGUUGCCGCGCUGCUGCUUCAUAUGGCUGUGCAAUUGUUCUUACCCUACUCUCACUUCAUUACGAAGGUGCGUGAAACAAGGGGAUACAACAAUUGGGUGCCUGGCUUGUACGGUUAUUCGAUGGAUAUGAUGAUUCACGCGUGGGACACAUCAUUGGUUGUGAUCAAAGUGCGAGACAACGAGAGCAAAAAGGAGCGUUAUUUGGAGCCAGGCAUCUGGACGCUGAACGAUCGGUGGGUGAAGCACGGUGACAUGGUGCGACAGUACGCAUUCUGCAUCCAGGACAACUUAGAGAAAAUGAAAGUACGCUCACCUCAUGGAAAUAGCACUUGGUCCAAUCUGUCGUCAAAUUUAAGUAUUUUCAUGGACAUCUGGUGUUCUCUGAACGGCCGAUUCCAUCAGAGGCUGUUCGACUCGUCGGUCGACUUAUUAACGGUCGAUUGGCAUCCACUUAAGCCAAUAUCUUACGUGAUCCCGUUACUCGACCAGCUCACAUCUUAUCGCGCGCAGCUGAACAGCAUCCAGCAGCAAGUAUUCGCUUGGUCGAACUACACGGACGUGCUGUUCAUGGCCGAUUUUCCCGGCAUGCGCCUGGAGAAUUACGUGGCCGAGGAGCUGACCAACGUGAGCAUUAGCGUGCUCGAGGGCGAGGUCAUCUAUCGGGACUACGACGGGGACAGCAGUAGCACCAGCUGGACAAUAGGGAAAGGCGGCUCCUUGGCUAUCUCGAGCGGAAGGUUCCACCAAGUCGAAACCACCAGUCCGCAUCCGGCUUGCUACAUGUACACCUUCGCCAACCGGACAAAGCAGCAGCUGGCCGACCGAGGGAUCGAGGAGCCGCCGAGAACGAAGGAAGCUUUUCCCAUUCUCAAGGAGAUUAAGUACAGAAUUUACGCGAUAGGACGUGCGAUCGGCAACAUCUUCAACGCCCUAUUGCAUUUGGCUUUUGAUGUACCGAUGCUUCGCAGAGUACCGCUCAAUCUCAUCUGAAGGACUACACCUCGCUCGUUUCUGUUUGAAACCUCGCGAUCACUUUGUCGCGACACGCUAGCCGUUAAUGCAAACGAUUCUCGUCGUCGCACCUUUCCCUCCA